AUGGACCAGCGCCUGGCCGAGCUGGUGGAGGAGCUCACCACCUCCGGAGAGCCGCGGCUGGAGCCGGGCAGGAUGAAGGAGCUGAAGAAGAUCUGCAAGUCGUCGGAGGAGCACAUCAGCCACGCCUUCCACCUGCUGGUGACGCGGCUGCAGGAGGAGCACGCCGAGAUGCGCUUCUCCGCCUUCCAGGUGGUGCAGGAGCUCUUCGCCAGGUCCCACCAGUUCAGGACGCUGCUCAUCGCCAACUUCCAGGAGUUCCUGGAGCUCACGGUGGGCAUAGACCACGAGCAGCCCCUUCCCCCGCCCAAGGAGGUGGCGCAGAAGCUGAGGAAAGCGGCCAUCAAGGCGGUGCAGGACUGGCACGAGAAGUACGGGGAGGCUUACAAGCAGCUUUCCCUGGGAUACCACUUCCUAAAGCGGAAUAAGAAGGUGGAUUUUCAAGAUGUGCACGCCAGAACCGUGGCUGAAAGGAGGAGGGAGGAGGAGAGGCAAAAACGGUUGGAUAACGUUUACAAAGAAAAAGUCAAAAGAACUGAAAAAGAAAUGGAAGAAAUGUCCCAAGAGAUUGCUGAUACACUGACAGAGAUGGAAAACUGUUUCCAGCUUCUGAUGCCAGAUCCUUUCAACUUCGCUGUGAACGACACGGAACUGGAACCCAACAAACAAAUGUCUGUAGUCCCCUCAUCCUCCCAUGUGGAAGUUGACCAGUCCUGUUUUGGGUACAUGGAUGAUGAACAGCCAUGCUGCAGCAAGGACAUUCUUCCUGUUUCUCAGUGUGUCAGAACUGAUGGAAACAAAGAGUCAGAUGAGAAACAGGAGAAGCCUGAGCAGAAAGAGUUGGAUGGAGGCACACGCUCGGAAGUUCUGUCCAGUGACCCUGCUCUUGAUGAUGAUGAUUACCAGACUUUUGUUAGGAACCAUGGGCUUAUUUCACAUAAGUACACUCUAGACCUUGAAAUCUCCACAGAUAUAAAAGUGCAAGAGAAUGAAGAUAACACUGCCAUCAUAAACAGUGUCAUGGAUGCUCACAAACUUCUCAGAAAUAAGUUCUGGCCUUCUGUGCAGUCCUGGAUUCAGUUACUUACCAGAGCAGGAGUCAAUGAUGAUCGACUAAGAUGUGCCAUUGAACUCAAGAAUAAACUGGAGACUGCUAUGAAGAAAUACAAGGAAAUGAACAUUUCCUUCAAAGCAAGAAAAAGAAAAGUGAUGAAAGCCUCGGAUGAUGACGACGAGGACGAGGAUGAAGAUGACUUUGUGGAGGUCCCUGAGAAGGAAGGUUAUGAGCCCCACAUUCCAGACCACCUGCGUAAGGAGUAUGGGCUAGAACCCCAGGCAGCUCCAAAAGCUCCGGUGGGGAAGGUGUCAGCAGGACCAGCUCCACUGAGCUCCCGCGCGCAGCCGAAAGGGAACGAAGAUGAACUUGAUCCAACCUGUGCAGCUGCCACACUGAAACUCAUUAGAGACAAACUGCCAAAGUUACCACCUCCUCACACCAGUGAAUCUGCAGCUCCUGAGGCAGCAGCCUUGGAAGAUCCUGACGGUAAGAGAAGAAAACUAGAGGAAGAAAGAGCUAAAGCUCCUCUCAUGCCUUUUGGAUUAGAUCUUCACUACUGGGGAGAGGAUCAGCCAAGUGCUGGGAAGAUUCUCAAAUUUACAUCUGAGCAUCGAUUUUGGGCACCCAGUGAAGUAGAGGAAGAGGUGGAAAAUAAAGAAAUAACGGAAAUGUUAAAAACUAGAUAUAUAACAUUCGCUGGCAAGUUCGAGCCAGUGAAACAUAAGUGUCGGGCACCAAUGCCCGAUGGGAGUCUGUGUGAAAGGCAAGAUCGAGUUAAGUGCCCUUUCCAUGGAAAGAUAAUUCCUCGGGAUGACUCUGGGAUUCCUGUGAACGCAGAGGACAGAGCCAGAGAAGAAAAGAUGAGGUUUGAGAAGCAAGCAGCCCAGCCAGAGUGGAGGGAUCCAGAAUUCAUGAGAGAAGUUGAAGCUGCUACAGGACUGGAUCUUGGUUCCUCUAAAAAUAAUGGGAAAGGACAGAAGAAGCAAGGGAAGAAGAAAAAAUAUCCGAAUCUGACAGACCUGAAGCAACAGGCAAACACUUCCCGUUCCCGGCUUGAGAAGAAAGUCUUCAAUAAAGGUGCCAUGAAACGGGUCGUGAAAGCCAUGAACCGGGUGGACCAAAGAAAGCACGAGAAGUUUGCCAACCAGUUUAACUAUGCACUGAAUUAAACUGUUCAUCGUCUUUGCCCUUGAGUGCAACUGCAAAAAAACCUUGAUCAAAGAUGCUUGUAUUUAUACUAAAAUACUGUGCAAGGCACAUUUUUACAGGGGUCGUUUUAAAAUUGUUUCCAAUUUCAACUUAUUUGAUAGUAAACAUUAAUUUUGGCAAAAGUGUGGUGGUACAGAAUGGAAUGCAUUUAACAAGUUGAUAAUUAUUUGAAAUGCACAUGAAAUAGAGAUGUUUUGUGAUUUGUACUCUGGGUAAAAUCUUCACGUUUCGGGGGUUGGUUUUUUUCUUUCCUAAGGGACUCUUGUAAUUUAUCCUUCCUUUGCCAGCAUGUGUGUUUAAUUUGCCUACACGCUCAUGCCUUCAGAACAAAAAUAGAUACCUUAAAUACAAUUAGAUUUCUACCACAGAUGGCAAUGCACGAAGUGUUUGCUCAGCCUACUGUUCUAGAAAGUGUGCCACAGCAAGCAGCACAGUGGUUCCUGCAGUACUUCUAAAAACCUCGUGUACACAUUGAAAAAAUCCAAAUGUCUUCCACUCAUGAGUGGAGUAGAGUUUGAUUUCAGCUAAUUGAAAUUUGGUAGCUGUGGCACAGAUGGAAGCACUGAAAUGACACAGGUCAUCCUGGUCUGCUGCUUGUCUUCCCAAGAUCAUGUCCCAAUAUCUUUCAGAACUACUCCUGGAAGGCAUGUUGUGAAAGUCUGUAGAAAUAUGCAGAAUGUGCUCCAUGAAGUGAAAGUAUGAAGUUUAAAAAAAUUAUUCAAGUAGCUCACUGUACUAGUGAACUGCCUAGCUUGGAUCAGUUACAAUUACAUUGGGCUGAAGCCUGAGAGUGUAUCUGAGGAUCCAGAUAUAAACACAAGCAUCUGGACUCCUCCAGUUCCAGAGAUUUAACGUGCAUACUGAGAUCAGGCAGCGGGAUCCCGCGUGGGUUGUAGUUCUUGGCUGGGUCUUUAACCAGACCUCCCAGACUUGCUGUGCUGGCUCUAGUCAUGUCUUAAGGAGAAUGAAUGAAACAUUGACCAGUGGUGCUCUUGCAAGAUUUCAUACAGCUUUAAGGGUGAAGGAAAUGCAGAGAGCUAGGAGGACACAGUGUCUGAAAAUCAAUUUCAAAGUGAACUGCAAAAGUCUUCAAUGAAAUACUGAAUACAAAAUGGAAUGGAUUCUAUAACUCUGUCUUAGUCACUCACCUGCUGGAGGUGUUACCUCAUGCAGACUACAAGAAUUAAAAAUGGAGAAAAUUUUAACAACUCAGUGUAGUUUCUGGCCACCUCAGACAAAAGCUAAUUUAAAGUUCUGCCAAAUACCUUCUGACUUGCACAAGUAUUGCUUAGAAAGCAAUUAAUGCUGAAUCUGGGUAGUUUAUCUUGCGAGAGCUCUGCAGUUUGGAAGACAUUUUGUUAGCACAGGUUGAUGUACUUUUGAACUACUGAAAAUAAUAAAAGGCCAAAAUUUCAAAUAUUAUCUACUGCACUGGAAAGCAAAGCCACUUCUGCUAUGAGUCUUGCUAAUGCAACAGUGAAGACUUAAGGUGAAAAUGUAGGUAAGGACAAACCAAGUUCAUCAUCAAGUCAGUUGAAUCAGCUUCUGAAUUGACUUGAUUUCCUAUUAAGGACAAAGUCACACAGGAAAAAAUAUAAAAAAAAGACCACACAUUUGAAUGUAAUUCUGGUCAUUGGAUGCUUCGAUUCCCCAAACAGUCCAGAAGAAACGGACGCGUGGUGAUUAAUAUUCCAAAGAGCCACGAGGGUCACUGUGCCACUAUUCCAGGGAUUCUUGAGCCUGCACAGGCUGAAGGUGUUAAAUUAUAAAUUCUGUUUUCUCUGCUCCCUGUGACAAGAGUGGGGAUUUUGUAUUUUGUGGUGACACUUAACCCUUCUUUGCUGGUUUAAGCAGCAAAUGUCAGCACUAGAAAGUUCCCAGCAAACAGUAGAUGCACUUUAACCCAUGGAGUUCCCGUUUUGGGCCUUUCAUAAAAAGCCCGGGGACUGAGGUUGGAAAUAAAACUGGUAGAAGUCUGAGGGGGAAAAAAAAAAAAAAAAAAGUGUGGUUAGUAAGUGAUGCUCCAUUAUGAGCAACCUGGUCAAGUGGAAGGUGCCCCUUCCCAUGGCAGGGGGCUUGGAACAAGAUGAUCUUUAAGGUCCCUUCCAACCCAAAUCAUUCUGUGAUUCUAUGAUGCUACUCAGUCAUGUCAGUUCUAGAAUCAUGAGCUAAAACUUCCUCUCUGGACUCAGUUGUCUAAUCUGCUUGUUCCUAUCGUGUCACUAUAUGCUUUCCACCUUUCCUUAUUAAAAGCACACAUGCAUGAAAGAAAAGGGUUUUCCUCGAGUGCCUCUUUCAUGCAGAAAGAGAAUUUGCAGAAUUAAGGUUUCCUGGCAAGUGACUCAGACACAGGUACCUGGACUUUGGGCCAGGUUGGUGGCCAGCAAUGACUUUUUCUAAAGCUCUUCUACUUUUUUUUUCUGCCUUUUUUUAAUUUUUUGUUGUAAGAAGUUCCCUUGUCAGGUAAGGAAUAUACUCAGUUGGAUACAAAAGUUUUUCUUCCUUUCUGCCUUGAACCAAGACAAACCAUUGACCCUUCAUAGGAGAAUGUGUUGAUCCCACAUCCCCUGUAGCACUGCCUUUUUGUUAGCCUGGCCUCUUGCCAGCGUGUAUCUUCCCCUCGUCUGGUGUUUGACAAAGCCUUCUCCUCCUAUGUUAAUUAUUGCCUCUUUUAAUCCAGUUAUUUCUCCAAAAGAGCAACUCAGCAUAUGUACACACAACAGGUGUUGAAUUUUGUCACUUAAGCAUUCUCAUUAGAUCUGGUCAGACAUAAUCCACAGGGUUUGGGGGAGUUCUCCUCUUCCUGGGUGUAGCUGGAGGGAAAAAAAAAAAGGCAUUGAUCUCCAAAGAUCCAGUUUACCUUCACUAAAUAGAAAUCCUUUUAAGCUCGAAACAGAACAAUCUACUUUUUAGAUACAUCACACUGCUUGUGUGUCACUUAACAGCCGUUUACAAAUUUGAGGUCUCUGAGCUCUCUAGUUCUGCAAACAUCUUAAUUGCUCAACUGAUUGUGCAACAUUUCUACUGGGACUUUUCCUGUGCUCAGGGCUUCUGGGAAAAAAAAUAAAUACAAGUAUCAUUCGCAUAA